AUGAUGCUAGAUCUGCAGCAGCGCACCCUUGCUGGUGCCUUAAAGACCAGCAGGGUGGUGGGCAUAGUGGCGUACGGCUUUGACCUGCUGGACUUUGGCCGCAACUUCCAGCAUCUGCACGACUCGCUAAAGUUCUACGCCAUCUUCAACGUCACCUCGAAGCUGCAGUCACCUCAAUUCCAAAGGCUCACUGAGGACACGGACCCAUUCUACUACAGGGAGCGCCUCACCAUGCCCAAGCUGCUCCUCUGUGCAUCUAACGACGAAGUGCUGGCACUGGAUGACACGACUGGCCGAACUGCCAGCGCACGGCGGGACUUCCGCUUCGUGGUACGGCGAGGCUCCAAGGGGUGCACGGCGCCGAUACCGAAAAUUCCGGGCACGUAUGAGGGCAAGUUUGAGCUGUGUGUGCAGGCCAUCCCUUUCUUCCUGCACACCAUCUCGCCGCCCACGCACCACCCUGAGGAUGGCUUGUGGCACUUCAGCUCCACCGUCACCGACGUUCCCAAGAACGUCGUGGCGUGGCUUUCGUGUUGCAUCCGAGCAAUGGAGCUGGAGAUCGACAAUCAACAAUGCAUCAUGGCCGUUAGCAAGAACGGCGUACUGAGUUUCUUACUGUGGAAGGACACGGGCAACCGCAUGCGAGCCAAGGAGCCUGGGGGGUGGUGGACGGGCAUCUCUUGUGCAUCUUCAAUGCAUCUCUCGUGUUUCUCCAUCCUCUCGUUCUCGCUCUCCCAGGAGCCAGACAACAUGGCGACUGCUAGCAAGGGGCUGGUGCUCUUCUUCGCGCCUGACGACAUGCACAACGCGCACAAGGGGCUCGUGCUGUUCUUUGUGGGGGCAGGGUUGAACGACCAUGGGGGGGAAGACUGGAGCUACCACAUCCCCAAAGACACGGAUGUCUUCAUCCGCGUCGCUGCCCCGUGA